GGCGUAGGGUAGUGUACGAUGCAUAUCGCCUGUAGUCAGAUCGGAUACCGAAUACAAACGCUGGCUGAGAGCUGACGUUGUCAUUUUAACUGUUAUAGCUACUAUGUACAGCUGUGUCUUUGCUUUUGAUUAAUAUUUGCCCCAAUGGGACUCGUUUUCUAUCGUUACUAAGGUAGAAGGCUUACCAGCUAGCUAGCUAACGGUAGCUUCCCCUGUCCUUGCAUUGACACCCAAUACCCAUUUCUUCUUGACCGCUACGGGGGUUGUCGUCCUCGUAUAACACUGCCAGGAACUGUUGGGGAAGAGUUAACAUUAACUUUGAUAUCCCAGCAGGAAUAACAAGUAUGCCUCCUUCGGUACUGAGGCAGCGGCAGUGAUGUCACAGUAGAGAGAUCAGAGUGAGGCCUGAGCCAUGAACUCGGUCUCUCCCAGUGCUGCCCAGUAUGUGGGGGGCGUGGCUCUUCACGAUGACCUCACUGAUGGAAGAAGGCCCCCCUCGUCUUCAGCACAGCUUCUCGAACCCAGGGGCCAUUUUGGCCAUGGCUUGCUCACCCAUUGCGACACAGAAGCAUCCGGAGAGCCGGAUGAAGUCGAUCGCCUGAAAUUGAAGAUCAUGUCGGCUUGGAACAACGUCAAAUAUGGAUGGUCUGUCAAAACCAAAACCGUCUUUAACAAAACAUCCCCCCUGUUCCUAAUGGGGCAGCCCUACUUGCUCAACAGCGCAGAUGAGGUCGAGUGUUUUCGGCUGGCGUUUGGCUCGCGGCUUUGGUUCACCUACAGAAAGGAGUUCCCUCAGCUGGAGGGCUCCAGCCUGAACUCAGACUGCGGCUGGGGCUGCAUGCUGCGUAGCGGUCAGAUGCUGCUCGCCCAGGGCCUUCUGCUCCACACCCUGCCUCUGGGCUGGAGCUGGUCAGACUGCCCCCUGCUGGCCGACGUGGAUUUUGAGGUGCUGAGGCCGGCCUCGCCGUCCCGUCCUGCUGGCCUUUCCUUCCCCUCCCUUAGCUCCUCCUGGGGCCCGACUGCGCUCCACAGACGCAGCGAAGGACCCAGGCGGACCCAGACGGCCCACGACCUGCAGAGUGAGGCCCUGCACCGCCAGCUGGUGUCGUGGUUCGGGGACCAGCCGGCGGCGCCGUUCGGGGUGCACCGGCUCGUCGAGCUGGGCAGGGAGUCGGGGAAACGGGCAGGCGACUGGUACGGACCCUCUCUCGUGGCCCACAUCCUGUGCAAAGCAGUGAACAGAAGCACCGAGGUGGACAACCUGGCCGUGUACGUGGCUCAGGACUGCACAGUUUAUAAGGAAGAUGUGAUGCGGUUGUGUGACCAAAGUUUGUUGGACUCUGGUAGCUCGGAAUGGAGGUCCGUCAUUAUCCUGGUCCCUGUAAGACUGGGAGGAGAAUGUCUCAACCCUGCCUACACUGAGUGUGUUAAGAAAAUCCUGAGGUUACAAUGCUGCAUUGGAAUCAUUGGUGGGAAACCCAAGCAUUCGCUUUUUUUUAUUGGCUUUCAAGAUGAGCAGCUGCUGUAUUUAGACCCACACUACUGUCAGCCUGUGGUAGAUGUCACACGGCGUAACUUCUCACUGGAGUCAUUUCACUGUAACUCUCCCAGAAAGAUGAACUUUAGUCGAAUGGAUCCCAGUUGUACUGUGGGUUUCUAUGCCCACAAUAAAAAAGACUUUGAAUCUUUGUGUUCAACAGUCAGUGCGGCUCUGUCAUCGACCGAGGAACGGUAUCCCAUCUUCACGUUCGUGGAGGGCAGAGGGCAAGACUGCAGCGUGGGGAACCAGAGUGCGGGGAACGCUGACCCCUUUACCCACAUUGUCUCUCCUGGCAAACUGGGCCAGAACAGUAAGAAGGGCAGCACUGAGGAGUUUGUCUUUCUUUAAGGAAGGAGUUGCUUGUAGCCCUCGCGCCCUGGCCCACACCCCCGGCCUGCUCUCACCGACGUGUCUGGAUCACGGUGCCCCCUCCAGCGACUUUGCCAGGGAGAUCCACAAAACUGUCGUCCUUUAUGUUCGUCUUGUAUGGUGCAAGAUGGCCGACGCGAAGCUGCAGAAAUGGCAGCUUGUGCAGAUACAGCAUGGAGGCUCUGGUCCAUCUCCUUGUUCUGGGCUACAUCCCAUCGGUCCUGAACCAAGCAAGCCAGAACCCUGAACAUCUGGUUCAGUUGUGUGUGAGCUGGCACACAACAGGUGGGCGGAGAUAUGGACUGAUUGGAUAAACGCUACUCAGAUGGGUGUGACGCCCCCUCAUCUUCCCCCUCCCCCUUGUUUCUGCAUCUCUCUCUCUCUCUCUCUCUCUCUCUCUCUCUCUCUCUCUCUCUCUCUCUCUCUCUCUCUCUCUCUCUCAUUCUAAAAUUCAUCUCUCACAAACCUAGUCUCACUUUUUUCGUGCCCCAUUGCUUUGGCCCUGUGAAGUAGAAGUGGGUAUAGCUUCUGUAUGAUUGUCAGAGUCAGCAACUGUGAGUCUGACUGGGAGUGGAGUCAUCUGUGUACAUAUAGUACUGAUCAGGAGAGGGUGAUUUUUGGAUGAAGCUCACUCAUCUGGGAUAAUCUAGUUUUCUAAAUCCAUAUGUCAGACAUAAUUCUUGUCCUUUAAUAUGUUUAUUUAUUUUUGUUUGUAUCGUAAUGCUUUGCCAUUUUUGUUUUUUUUUCACCAUUUUCUAGAGUUUCUAUAUUUUAUGCUGGGGUUUCCAGCUGUGAAGUUGAUAGAACACUGAAUUAGUCCAGUUUGGUAGUUGUUUUUUUUAAAGCCGUAUGCUUUUGAUGUGCGUUAAUAACUUCGUGUUAAAUUGUGGAAAUGCGACAGAGUUUGCUGUUACUGUUAUCGUCUAUUUAUGAAGGUUUUUGUUUUGUUUUGUUUUUUUACUUCUGCCUGAGAAUACACCUGCUGAACGUUUAACUUUAUGGUCGUUUGUGAUUAAAAGAUUUUUGUUUGUUUUCCAGUAA